ACCUACGUCUAGUCACUGCCCUUGGUGCAAAUGAUAAAUCCGAGUGGCAGUAGCAUGCCAUUCAUCAAACCAUGAUUCAAGCUUUGCAUAACCCAGCUUCAAGUCGUUAAUUCCGCGCGGCCUACUCGAUAUAAAUAUUUUAACAACUUUGCUCAGAAUAUACCAUAAACAGCUUCAACUGGACUUUAUUGACAGGAGUGGAUUUAGGUCCAGAGGGGCCGACUGAUUACAUAACCUUGCAAAAAGCAACGCUUACGUAAUACUCGUUAUCUUGAAGCCAUCAAUCCAGGCAGGCGCAAGAACCGACAACCCAUCGCUCCUUCCCCAUCCUCACCAACCUAGACGGCAGUUGUACUUGGUCGCAAAGCCUAAUAUUCUCUUGGUUUUAUUUAUACCAUCGAGUCCGCAAACUUCCAUACGGAUCGCACGUGCCUACAGUACCAAGUAUCCUCCUAUAAAGUGGAGGCGAAUUUGAAAAGGCAACGACGCCCCGGCGCAGACUCUCAAGAUGUCUGAGCGCAAAGUUCUCCAGAAAUACUACCCCCCGGAUUUCGAUCCUAGCAAGAUCACAAGGUCGAGAGGCCCAAAGGCACCAGGUCCCAAAGUCCAAACCGUCCGCCUGAUGGCUCCCUUCUCGAUGAAGUGCAUUGCAUGCGGCGAAUAUAUCUACAAAGGCCGCAAGUUCAACGCACGCAAGGAGACGACAGACGAGAAAUACCUUUCUAUAACUAUCUUCCGGUUCUACAUCAGAUGCACGCGGUGCUCUGCCGAAAUCACUUUCAAGACCGAUCCCAAAUCACUCGACUACACAUGCGAGCGCGGCGCGAAGCGGAAUUUCGAGCCAUGGCGCCAGGGCAGUCUGAAGGAGGAGACAGAGGAGGAGCGCCUGGCUCGCCUCGAGGCGGAGGAGGCGGAGAAGGAUACAAUGGAGGAGCUGGAGGCGAAGACACUGGAUGCUAAGACGGAGAUGGCUGUGGCUGAUGCGCUCGAUGAGAUUAGGACACGGAAUGCACGAUUUGAGCGCGUAGGCGGUGGCGAGGCGAGUAGUGUGGCUGCGAAGCCUGAAGUUGAUGAGAGCGUUGCUGCCCAGGAACUUGCGGAUGAGGAGGCGGCGAAGCGCGCGUUCCAGGCUAGGGCUGAGGAAGCGGCUGGAAGAAUAGUUGAGGAGGAUACGGCUGUCCCGGAAAAGACGGCGGUGCCGACGUUCACGCGGACUGUGAAGAAGAAAAAAGAUCACGGUGCUUUAUUGGGCAUCAAGAGGAAGCCGAAGUUGGUAUGAGGAACUAGUGGAUGUCCAAGAAGUUGGACAAGACCUCACAUAGAUACCGUUAUACGCAGCUGUUGAGGUUCUAUGCCAUUAUGAACAACCGCGUUGCCAUGAUGGCUGGCUAGCCUCGUAUGUGUCCCGCACACGUGGGCAGAAGCGUCCACGAGAAUAACCUCGUCACACAUGAGCCAUAGGAUCGGAUUCAACAGCAUAUGGUAGCAGGGACAGUUGAAGAGAAGCCCUUCUACUCUCUCCCACACUCCCAAGGCAGUCCAAGGAGCACUGUUCGGAUUAGAUCAGGAAGAAUCCAGUGAUGAGAAUGUAGAUAGUCUACUCUUCCAUUCCACCCCAUUUAGAGAUGGAACAUAGAUACCCAAAUCAAAUGUAUAUAUAAUAACAGCCUUAAAUAGAGCUGGAAUCCUAAGCCUUAACUAUAUCUUGGUGAACUGAAG